AUGCUGCCGAGGCAGGGGCCGUACACCUUCCAAGUCGGAGGAUUCGACCCGGCGACGAAUCAAGGAGACCUGGAGGAGUUCCUCAAGAACAAGUCUGAAGUUCCUUUCGAGAUCGAGGCGGGAAGCUCCUUCCGACGGGAUAGCUACACGAUGAAGAUGAACGACUUCGAGGCAGCAAAGAGCAUACUGAGGCUGUCAGGUAUCCGAUUCCGAGGACAGAAGCUCGAGAUCACCUGCAACGAAGCGAGCACGGGCACUCAGGUGGGAGGUCCUGUUCUCCCGGAUCACUUGAAGCAGCAGAUCCAUCAAGGCCUUCUUCCCCUCUUUCGGGCCGAGGCGAAGAUGCUGCUAUGUGAAAACCUAGCAGGUCGAUGGCAAGCGAGCGAACAGACAGCAAGCUUGAGAGUAGAAUGGACUAACUUCAAGUUCGUCAACACCAUCAUGGUUGUCCUCUGA